AUGGCUGCAGAGAUUAAAGUGCUUUUCUGUGUUGGACUCGCUGUCAUACUAACAGGUGUGGGAAAAUCUGCCUUUACUGGGAAAAUCCAUGGUAUAGAGAAUGUUGAUCCCGUGCUUCAGUAUGUAGCUAACAACUCACUGAGGGAGCACCCGGUCCUCACCAAACUCAGACUGAGAACCCUUGAAGACCAGUGGAGUACAAUGAUGGUUGCCAGUGAUCAAGCCCAACUGAUGGCAAAUCUCAUUAGGCUGAUUAAUGCCACUAAAGCUAUUGAAAUCGGGAUGUACACUGGGUACAAUGCACUGAAUAUGGCUUUGGCCAUGCCAGAAAGUGGACGUGUGAUUGCCUGUGAAAUAGAAAGCACCUACAUAGACAUUGCCAAACCCUUUUUUAAAGAGGCUGGAGUCGAAAAUAAGAUAGAUGUUCGGCAUCAAAUCGCCAUGAAGACACUGGAUGAACUGAUAGCAGCUGGAGAAGCUGGGACAUUUGACUUUGUGUUCAUCGAUGCUGAUAAAUUUAACUAUGACAGAUACUAUGAAAAGUCUCUAGAGCUGAUACGAAAAGGGGGCAUUAUUGCAAUUGACAAUGUGCUGUGGAGUGGACAGGUUGUGAAUCCUGCUCCCAGUGACUUGACCUCACAAGGUCUAGAUGCGCUCAAUAAGAAGCUACACAAGGACCAGAGGAUUGAACUGAGCAUGCUCACUGUGGGGGAUGGGCUGACUAUUGCUAUUAAACGCUAA